AUGGCCGGCUUGCCAAAGGAAAGCGCACUUUUUGCAGCUCUUCACUCGUCCCUCGAGAGGACCACGGUCAUCAAGCGGAUAUGUCGCGCCCUGGCCAAGAAGCCGCAGCUACGGAAUUCUAUUGAGGUGGGCUACAUCCAGGGGGAGACGGAGUGGCUGGCGAUGAUGACAAGGGAUGGCCCUGGAGUGCAUCGGGACCUCUGCCACGUGGCCCGCCUUGUCGCCCUCAAGGAGAUGGAGUCUCUGAAGCUGCCCUGGUCUCCUAAUGGUGAUGUAGCGGCCGGGCCGGCGGGAGCCGGGGCCGGCGGUGUGGCCAUUGGCAGCGGUGGCGGCGGCGGCGGUGGGGCGAAUCCCGUAGCUGUCCCCGCUGGACGAGGUCUGCUGUACAUUUACGUCCUGCGGGGCAAGGUGCAGCUGCGGAGUCGGAGGAGGGAGGCCUUCGCACCGCGUCUGGCGCAGCGGGGCGCAGGGGCCGGGGACACAGUUGGGGGCGGCGGUGGUGGCGGCAGUGGUGGUGGCAAUGGUGGUGGUGGCGGCAGUGGUGGUGGCGGCAGUGGUGGUGGCAAUGGUGGUAGCGGCGGCGGACUGGAGAAUGUGACGGAGCAGGAGAUGUUGGCGCUGUUCAAACACAUUGACACGGACGGGUCAGGUGCCAUCACGGUUUCGGAGCUGCAAGUUGCCAUGGACAUGAUGGGCAUUCAUAAGUCCCAGGAGGAGGUGGCGGAGAUGAUGGACGGAGUGGACACGGACGGAUCGGGUGAAAUGGAGUUCAACAAGUUCAAGGGUGUGCUCCGUCGCGCCAUCCGCGCCCGCAGCGGGUCCCCCUCCCAGUCCGAGUGGCGGGAGCUGGGCGCGGAGAUGUGGUACAGGGACCUGCCCACGGGCAGCUACACGGGGGAGGCGGCGCUGCUGGACCAGGAACCGCUGCCCCAGGAGGGUAUGUUGUUGGCGGUGGAGGCUUCUGACCUGCUGGUACUGGAGAGGUGCGACUACGACCACAUUGUGGACAAUGGAUUUGAUGGGGAGCUCAAGGCCAAGAUGGCUCUGCUGCGGAAUUCUGCGGUGCUGUCGGAAGCUCUGCGUCGUACGGAUUUUCGGCGGCUCGCGUACGCCAUGCGUCGCCGUACGGUGCCUAUGAGUACGGCGGUUCACGAGCAGGGUCAGCCGCCCGCCUCCCUGGACCUCAUUUUGGAGGGUCACUGCAAGGCGACGGUCGCCACCGAAUCCCGUCCUACGUCUGCAAACCCCAACAUCGAUUUCCCAAUCUCCGCCUCUUCCCCCUCCUCCUCCUCCUCCUCCUCCACCUCCUCCACCUCCACCUCACCCACGCGUCCCACACGAAGCCCAAGCCCCAUCAUGCGGCCACAGCAACAACCACACCAACAACCGCAAGCUAUAACUCAGAAUCGGCUACAGCGGCAGGCGACGCAGCAUACGCCGGGCUUUGAGGCUCCUGAGGGGGGGGAGGGGCUUCAGUACCCCGAGGACGGCUCAGAGGUUCCGGUUCCUGAUCUGGGGCCUGUGUACGGCGGUGCGGCGGUGUUGAUGAUGCGUGGCGGCAAGCAUCCCCAUCUGGCCCGAGCGGGCCGCAUCAGGCGACUGGAGCUGGCGGUCCUGGGGCCGGGGGAUAUGUGUUCCGAGGCGGGUGUGUUGGGUGAGGAGCGGCAGCCCCACAGCUGCAUCGUCACCUCCAGCAGCGGCCUCGUGGCCCUCUCCCUGCAGCUGAGGGACCUACGCAAGCUCGUGCACCCGGCUGACCUGACGGCACUAAAGGAGAGCUGCAGAGUACGGGUGGAACAGCGUCGCAGCAGAAUGGAGGUGGCGGCCAGCGUCAGCGUUACCAACCUACAACAAGUACAAAGGAAGUCAUUGGGGUCGGUAUCGGCGGCCGGGGGUGGCUGGCAGCAGCAGCAGCACUGCAGCUUGCGAGAGCGGUUGUCAGGGCCGGGGCGGCUACCGACGCCGCCGCCGCUGGUGGCGGAGGGGUUGGGGGCGGCGGCGGCUGCGACGGCAGCAGAUGGGGAGGGUCGGCGGCAGGGGAAGGGCCAACAGCGGCAUGGACUCAAGGUUGCGCAAGGUGCGGGCAAAGGCGAUGGCAGCAGUGGCGGCGGCAGCAGUAGCAGCAAGGGCGGCGCGGUGUGGUCGGGGGCAAUGCGCAUGCCGAGGGCAAGUGCAGCGGCGGCAGCAGCGGGAGGCACUCGGGGUACAAGUGGUGGGGGAUUGGGGGUUUCGCAGUGGGAGCCUCCGCGGCCGGGUACGACAGAUGCGGCUUUGGAGCGGGUGGCAAUUAUGAUGCGGAGUAAGACGCGAUCACGGCGCGGCGGGAUGAGGGUGACUGAUGGCGGCGAAACGUCACCGUCGCAGCCACCGCCGCCGUCGAAACCGGCGGCAUCGAUGGCAGCGAUUCUUCAGGAUCGACUCUCUGAGGCUUUGGAUAUGAAAACUUUAAGCAGCGCGGGGUCUUUUCGGUUGCGGGGCUCGGUACGACGGCGGUCAUUGGACGAGCAACUGACGGUGGUGGAAGAGCUGUCGGCGCCGUUGUCCCCUCGCGGCUUGGCGAGAAGCCGGGACGAAUCGCUCUCGUCCCGCCGCACAGCCAUCAUCACGGCAAUUGCAGCUCUUGAUGCCGUGCCGUACGGCUGUGACGGGAUCAGUCCCUGGAGUGUUGACUCGCCGCCGCUGCUAUCUUGUCCCACAACCUUAUCGUUGGGGCCGUCAGCGCCAGUGGCGCCAGCGUCGAGUUCAGGGUCCGUUGCGGCGUCAGCACUAGCGGCGGCAGCUCCUUCCCUGGACCGCAUCAUGGCGGCGAUUGACGCACCGAGUGUUGCUUGCCGCUCCGGCGGAAGGGUAGUUGGUCGCGCUUCUGUUACCGCUGCCGCUGCGCCAUCGUCGUCGUUGUCGGCUUGCAGGCUCGGCACCGCUGCUGGCUAUGGCGGCCAGCGGGGAAAGCAAGGCAUCAGCAUCAGCGGCACAGGCGGAGGCGGAGGCGGCAGCGAUGCUCGGGCGGUUACCCAGCAGCCCGUGGUGGCAGCAGGACCAGUCGGACAACCGCUGGCGGUGCCCGGGUCGGUAAUAAUCCCCGGUGGGGAGGGUGGUGGCGACCAUGCGGCAGCAGCGGUGUCUACUAUAGGCGCAGCCACGGCCGUCACAGCAGCUGGCGGAGGCGCCGGAAGUGUGCAGGCGGCGAUGGAGGCGGUGUCGAAAGAGGGUGGGAAAGACACGCACCGAGACCGUGCACCUGAGGAGACGGCCUCAUCCCGGGUACGGGAGGAGGACCAUCAACAACACCAGCGCAACCAGAACCACACCACUGGCACUGCCACCAGCAACAGCGAAGGAUGCCAGCAGCGCCAGCAGCCGCAGCAACAGCAGCAGCACCAUCAUCGUCAUUAUACUCAGCGGGCAACCCAUGCCUUCCUAAUAGCCAGGGGGGAGACCUUAUCUCCCCGGGGCGGCGGCGCCACAGGCGGUGGAGGCGAUACAGCGGCGGCGAGCUCUCGCUCCUCCUCCCCGCCGGUCCGCAGAACCCCCUCGUCCUCCCCUUCCUCACCUCGGAGUCCUCGCAGCUGCGGCGGCAACGGCAGCUCCAGGCGCACCCUCGCGUCGUACGACAGCUCGAACAGCUCGGCGGUAUCGCACUCCUCGUCUGUCGAUAUGGCGGCGGCGGCGGCGGCCCCGGCGGCAGCUGACUUGACGGCGCGCGAUAGCACAGCCUCAACCGCUGCCGUUGCUGGUGCAACCGCCUCCUCGACCGCUGCCGCCGAGUCGUCGGCUGCCGUCAGUCUGCUAAGGUCCAGGUCGGCGUCGCGUCGGGCCUGGAUGAUGCCGCGGCUGGUAGCGGACAAGGCGUCCCUGCCUUGCGCCGGCGCCGGCGUCGGCGCAGCCGUGGCGUCGGCGCCCGUGGCGAAGUUGUCAUUGCUGCCACCUUCGCUGCCGUCGCCGAUGGCUCUGUCGUGCACCGGCGCCGUGUCGAUCAGUCACCCCUCGGCUUCAAGACAGCUCCCAUCGUCUCAAUCACAGCAGCAUGAGCGUCUUCGGCCGCCGCUAGCUUUAUAUCAGCGGCCAGACGAACCCCGAGGCAUGUUGAAAUCCCGUCAGCAGCUGCGUACGGACAACCACGGAAGCCGGGGACUGGAUCUGCCGUACACACCUCCACUGUCACCGCUGGAGCUGCAGCCGCGGCCGCGGCGGCCCUCCGGGGUACCGGGCUAUCGCAGCAGCGGCCGCGGCGCAGCGGAGGAAGGCACGGAUUGUGAUGGCGAGGGAGAUGACGACAACGACGAUUGGGAUGCGCCCCUAGUGCCGUACAUGGCGGCGGUGGCGCCGGCGCCGAACAGUCUGCCAUACAAGGGCAUGCAACCGGAGCGGGUGGCGUCAGUGCCGGGAUACGACGGCAGCGCUGCCGCUGGUAUGACACGGCCGCCACCACAGCCGCCGCGCGCACCCACCGCGCCACCAGCGUUCCGCGGACUGGAGGUUCUGAAGCUGGGCUUGCAUAAGCUUAGCUUGCGGGAUGCCUGCAGCGGCGUCUUCAGUAGCACCACCGCCGCUGGUGACGGCACUGCUGCGGCAGCGGCGCGCGGACAUAGACCCUCUUGGAGCUCGGCCAGUGGCUAUCAGAGCGCACGGGCAGAUUGGUUUGGCGGCAGUGGCAGCGGCGGCGGCGGCAGUUACCUGAGCGGUGCUUUGACUGCUCGGCCAGAUUGGAUAGGCAGCAAUAUCAGCAGCGGCGGCGGCGGCGGUGGUACGUUCACGUCAUCGGUGCUGACGUCACGAUCCGACAUGGUGAAAUCCGUACAGUCGCUGCUGCGCGGCUGGCAAACCGCCAGGACUACUGCAGCGGGCAGCCGCUCCAGCGUCAGCGGCGCCGCCGACCCCUCAGCGGCCCCGUCAACGUCUCCUCAGCGCUUCAACCUGCUCGGUUUCAGGGCUCCAUCCGAGACCCAUACAGGAGGCUCGCGGGCGGGAGAGCCGUCGGCGGCGGCGGCGGGAGAGGCGGCGGCAGCGGCGGUGACGCUGAACCUGUGGCAACGGGACUCCGUGGCCCCGGCGAUGGCGCUGUCGGGCGGAGAGCGGGGCCGUCUGGCGGCCAUUUACACGGGAAUGCUUCGACAUGGCGAAGCGACUGUCCGACCCACCUUGGAGAAUUCCUUGCUGCGGCAGCAGCAGCAGCAGCAGCAGCCCCACCAUGACUACAACCAUCAUCACCAUCAGCAGCAGUACCGCCAGCAGCAGCACCAGCAGCGGGGCGCGGGAUCUGGCUGUGUGGACGAUAGUGCUAAGGUGGGCCGCAGGUCGAACGCGGCAGCCGCGAUUCCCGCACAGCAGCACUGCACCGCCAGCACCACCACCACCACCGGCGGCGGCGGCGGCACCGCAACCCCACAGCACUCCCAGGCUUGUACGCGUACCGCCCCUACCAUACCCACUACCGGCACCGGGCCCUCCGGCAUCGGGGCCACGUGCAAGCUCCGGACCGCCGCGGGAAUGGGGAUGUCGGCCUGGAUAGCGAGCCGGGCGGCGGCUGUGGCUCGGGAGGUGAUGCCUCGGUCCCCCGGCAGACCGCAGGGAACCUCGAACACACCGGAGGUGAUCCUGAGGCAGGGUGGGCAUGGGUUGUAA